AAUUGAAGGGCUGAAGAUUAAUGCGACAUUUUAGAAAUAUAGCCACGCUUUUACGAUGGAUCUGCGUAAGUUGUGUCGCAUUUGUUUCGUCGAUGGCCCCACAGUAGACAUCACAGAGUACAAGGCCAGCGCCUGGGCACUGGACGAGGAUGGCGCCGAAAUAGAGAAACAAGUGACUAUAUUGACAAUGUUGCAGACCAUGUUCCAGAGUUCCCAGGUCAUCAGUCUGGAGCUGGCGCAGGAGCUGCCGAUGAUGUGCACCGCCUGUGUGGAGGAGUGUCUGACGCACUAUUCCUACUUUCGUAAGCUACUCAUUUCGAAUCGCCAGCUACAGCAGCUGUACAAUGAGGCACAGAAGGCAUACGAGCCCAGCGAGGUAGAAGAGUGCGAUGAAAGCGAAGCUGAAGAGCUUGUGGAGGAAAUCAGUGAGCAGCAGUUGGAGGAAGAGGAGAACGCAGAUGAUAGUGAUGCGUAUAAGCAUGUUGUGGCCAAAGUGCCAAAGAAACUGAACAACAACGACUUUCUGAUCGUUUCCGAGUUUCUACCCGCUGCGCAGUUCGAUGAUGUGAUCGAUCUGAACGAGAACUUGUCGGGUCUGCCCACCAAUGAGCUGCGCACUGUCGACUAUGCCGCCGUGGAGCUGAAGCACAACAACCUGGACGAGUACAAUGAGGCAAAUCGACUGUUCGAUGUGGAGCCCGUGGGCAGUCAGGCCGUCUACAAAUGCAAAUACUGUCCCCUGGCCUAUGCCUCCCCACAGUUUCUGAAGACGCAUGUGCGCAAGUCGCACGUUUGUAAAUAUUGUACCUCUGCCUUCGUCAAAAUCAAGGAUCUCAACGACCACAUACGCAAGAAGCACUCGAAACACCAGUGCAUGGUGUGUUCGAACACCUUCAGCACCAGCAGCAAUCUGCGCGCUCAUCUCAAGCGCGUUCAUGGCGUGCAGCUGCCACAGCAUGUGGCGCUUCUAGACUAUCGACCCGCCAGCGAGAACAAUGGUGACUUGGAAGCGGAAUACCUCAUUCAAUUGGAUGAGCCACAUUGA